UAUUCCGGUGACGCAGUUGGUUGCUAGGUGUGAAUGAACUGAUGCUUUGUCUCAAUUAAGCUCCUCCUCAGUUUACAGGUCGAACACAACAAAGCAGCAUCUCUGUCCGUUUGCGUUGUCCCCGCUGUUCGGAGCUAAAUUAUGGCUCUUUGAUUCCGUCUUGUUGCUGGACCCUGAAAGAAGCCCGUGCUUUGCUUUAGCAACGCACCCCCAAGAACUCUACAGUUUCUCUGCAAGAAUGGAGUUUCAUUAUGCUCACCCUGCCCUGCUCUCUGUGGCCCAUCUGUCAGACCCCGCUCAUUCUCAGCCUAUGCCCGGACUUGGACUGAAUCAAAGCGUCAGCAGACAAAAUGAUGGCAACAUCGGCUCAUGUUUGGAAGACUCUUCGUGUCUGCCCGGCAGACCCCCUCACUCUCUCUCACCCACAGGCUAGCCACAGCCAAUCACAGGGGUGCAGGGGGGAGGUGUCAGAGGAGAGCCAGCACUUAAUUGGUGAUGGUCUCACUGACUGGAUGACGGAAGAAGUGGAUUUCUCCUCGUACCUCCCAAACCCUCCUUCCCCUCCCUCAUCCACCAAUGCCUCCCUUCCCCCUUCACCCCUUCAGAAUGAUAUCCAGGUGCCCUCUGACUUGGAGGUCAUGACCUCUUUGCUGCAAGAGGAACUUGCCCAACUAGAGGACUACUUCCUGUCUGAACCACUGCAAGAGAAAGGGCAGAGGUUGGGAAAAUGCGACAGGGGUCCACUGCCGGCGGGUCCUCAGCCGUUCAGUCAACUGCCAUAUGCAUCCUACUCCACGUCUAACCAAUCGGAUUCCAACCCUCUUCUUGUUACCCUGGCAACCGGAGAGCUGGACCUGCUGAGCAUCUGUGGUGGGUCGAUUGGGCGAUCCAAGAUUCCAAGACACACCCCGUACAGCUGCAGUCGCCCAAGUGGGUGUGGUAGGAAAAGAGUUGUGGACGGCGUUAGGUUCAGUGAAGGCUAUGACAACAGCUUGUUGAGCUCCAAAGGAAGUAACUCAGGUAUCUCUGCUGUGGCCCUUAACGGUAGUUACGGUUGUGUAGAGGAUGAUCAAUUGGUUGGGAAAAGCUAUUGUCUGGGUAGUACUAUCGAGCUUAGAAGAUGUGCCAGUUUACCCAAAGAAGAGAAAAACUGCUGUUUUACUCAAGAUGUGAUAAGUGGUGCAAAGGUCGUUGGUGGUGGUUUUGGCUUUGGUGGGUCUCCUGAUGCCCAACAUAAGAAGGAGGAUGUGUUGAUGUACAGCAUGAGGGAGGUCAGUGGAGGCACCAGUAACAACGAAGUGCUGAGCAGUAUCAAGACUAGCGUGGAGGUGACAAAAGCCACGGUGUCUUGGAAAAGCGACAGCAGCGACGGGUGUUAUGUUCCUGCAGCGCCACAGGCUGAAGCCUACCAUAGUUUCUUGGGAAAUAUCAAUGAACAGGUGAAAACGGAGAGUCUCCAAAUACUUCAGCCUGAGUUGCACUGUAAUUACCUAGAGCAUCAAGCCCCAGAAUGUUUUCUGAUGGCCAGAGAGAGUCUGAACCUGGACUCUCCAGGGCACAGGCAAGCCUGCAGGCUGAGGGAAGACCACUGCGCUGUGAAAUACGAAGUGGACAUCGUUCCGCACGAAGGAGGGGAGCGAAAACAAAAGAAAAGGGAUCAGAACAAAACUGCCGCCCAUAGGUAUCGCCAGCGAAAAAGGGCGGAGCUAGAUUCUUUAGAAGAGCAACUGCAUUGCCUCGAGGGAAGGAACCGGGAGCUGCGCGACAAGGCGGAGUCGGUAGAACGAGAGAUCCAGUACGUUAAAGACCUGCUGAUUGAAGUUUACAAGGCGCGCAGCCAAAGGCUCAAGCAGGACUCAACGGCAUAGCAACGGUUUCCUGCAAGUACCGUACGAUCCAGCCUCGCGGGAAAAACGUGUAGCCUUUAGUGUUUUUCAUUUAUGUUGAGAAUUUAUUUUAUUCGUUAUUAUUUUUAUGGUGUGAGGACAACUGCAUGCUUUGCUAACGUAAAUUAUUUUCUACACUUUAAAUCAACUUGAUCUUCCAUUGAUAUCACAGAAAAAUCACUCGAGCCUUCACUGUGGCAUUGCACCACAUUUUACUGACAAUCAUUUUUAACAGAUCUUCCUCUUUGUGAAUUGACUAGUUUCAUUUCCUUUUAUUUUUAGAAAUUAAUGUAAUUUACAAAGCAGGUUAUAUAUUUUAAUAGCCUUACAUGAAAAUUGAUGUCAGCAAUAGCCCUGAAUGUUUUUUAUUUAUUACUUUCUACUUUCUUGUCUUAAUUUAUUUUAUUUUUACUAUUUCCAUUCUCAGUUUUUGUAUUCUAAGCUUUCCAUUAUCGUACAAAUACUAAAUCACUUAAUCUAUUUAUCAGAUUUACUGUUAAGAGGAUCGCAAAAACAAACUCGCAUAAAAAAAGAAAAUCUCAAAACUGGCUUCAUUCGUUUUUUAAAAAUUGUUACAACUUCUGACUUUGUUUGAAUCACCGCUUAAAAUAUUCUUGUUAUUGAGAUUUGUAAGAAUUUCACCCUGCUUUUUAAGAAACGUUUAUUUUAAAUGUGUUUUCUUGUAACGGUUUCUUUUUUAUGUAACAAAUAAAACUACAGCAACAUUUUUAGCAAUAGUAACAAAUCGUGUCCAAUUUACUUGUGACCAAAACACAAAUAUUGUGUCCUUUACAGUUUUGAGGUGAAAACUGACAAUUUGUUGUGACGAUUCUUCUCUUGCUUCUUUUGUAGUGAAUGAAUUGUAUUUCCAGCUCAGGAUUCACAUUUAUCUUCCAGAUGGAGAUAAACUGGAAGCUCCUCAGUUCUUCAUCUUUAUGUGGGAAAGAUUUAACAUUUUCCCAGUUGGAGUUUUACAUCUGUGCAAAUAUUACAGGUUUUUGUGUUUUAGCCUCUGCAUGCGUUUGCAUUAAUGUGCUCUUUCUGAAAUAGAAUAGUGAGAAUUAUUUCUCUGAACUGCUUAAGGUAAUAAGAAUUUUAGCCUACAGCUAAUCUGCACUAAUUUCUAACAAUUUUUUUAUUUUUCGAGGAAACAAAUGUGUUUUUUUUUUACUUUUUGAAAACUUUAUUUGAAGAUUAUUUUGUAAUUUACUAAUUAUGUCAGUAGAAUUUUUUUCUUUGCACAUUUAUUUAUAGACAAUCUUGACUAUUAGAGCCGACAUGAGUUCAUGUGUCUGUUUUUGUCUAAAAGUUCACGUCAGGAUGUUUUUAAGCCCUGCGGUGUACUAUCAAUAAAACAAGUUGAAACCAAAAAUGCAACAUAUGUUAUGCUUUGUGUUUUAACUUUUAUUGUUCACACUUUUCUUUUGUUUCAUGUAAACUUGCUUCUUUACAAAAAGGAAAAUAAAGUGUGACACGGA